UUUGUAAUUAACUAGAAAAUCAACUGAUGGUUCUUCUUCCUUGAAAAAUUCAAUGGUCAAAAGUUUCCACUUCAAAGACCAGACACAACUUGCAAACUAGACCUAACCAUCUUCCUCAUUCUCCCUUUUCCCCUAAUUUGACCAAAAAAUAUGAAUAAAUACCGUUACAUAAUAAAUAUAAGUCUCAUCCCGACCCAAAAUCUUAAAAACCCAAAGUCAAUAUACAAAUUGACGUCAUAAAAAGAAAAUGGGAUUUUCAUGGAGAAAGAGACUACGUGUAGCUAACGAGAAGAAGAUAACUCCGGUAAUGAGCUGGUCGGAGUCGGAGACGGAUAUAACAAUACCACCGGAGUUUCAAUGCCCAAUCUCAAUCGAUCUAAUGAAAGAUCCUGUAAUAAUCUCCACAGGGAUAACCUACGACAGAGAGAGCAUCGAGACAUGGAUUGGUUCGGGCAACAAAACAUGUCCGGUCACGAACACGGUCUUAACAACGUUCGAUCAAACCCCGAACCACACGAUUCGUAAGAUGAUUCAAAGUUGGUGCGUGGAGGCAGGAUCGUCGUCGAUUCACCGUAUCCCUACGCCACGUGUUCCUUUAAUGCCAUGUGAUGUCCACGAGAUCUGUAGAAAAUUAUCGUCUGCUACGCGGCGUGGGGAAUUCGAGAAGUGUGGUGAGUUUAUUGGGAAGAUUACAAAAUUAGGGGACGAGAGUGAGAAAAAUCGUAAGUGUAUUAACGACAAUGGCGUCGGAUUAGUUCUUUGCGAAUGUUUCGAUAAGUUCUCGGGAGAUGAGAAAUUAACGUUUAUGCUAAAAGAGAUUUUAUAUUUGUUGACAUGGAUGAUUCCGAUCGGGUCUGAUGGUAUUACGAAACUCUCGUCCGCAACGUCGUUUCGUUGGAUCGCGGGUUUGUUGAGGAGUAAGGACGAUUCUGCACGUGAAAACGCUGCAGUUUUUAUGAAAGAGAUUCUUUCACUAGACAAAACGCGAGUUUAUGCAUUUGCAGUCGAGAACAGAGUUGCAGAAGCGUUGNUGAUGGUUCUUCUUCCUUGA